AUGGGCUACAGAGAAUUCGAAAUCGCCGGCAAAACCUUAACCGUCUUUGAGCUCGAUGACGUCAGCAACUCCGCCACGGCCCGACCCCUAACCGGCUCAUGGAUUUGGGACUCGGCUUUGGUCCUGACCGAAUGGAUGGCCGAACAGGCCCAGCUCGACUUCACGUUUCAAGACAAAACCGUCAUCGAGCUCGGCGCCGGAGUCGGUCUACCCGGCUUAGCCGCGGCUCUACUCGGCGCGAAACGAGUCGUGCUCACUGACAUCGAAACGCUCUUACCGGGCCUGGUCAGGAACGUGGAGGCCAACGGGUUCGGAGACCGAGUCGAGGUAAGGGAACUCGUGUGGGGAUCGGACGAGUCCGAGGUGAGCGGACUCGGUGAGUUGGGGGGAGAGUUCGACCUGGUUUUGAUGUCGGACGUGUUUUUCGACGCGGAGGAAAUGGCGGCGCUAUCGAAGACGAUGAAGAAGGUGUGCGGGAAGAAGACGAGGAUAUGGGCGGCGAGCGAGGUGAGGCCGUGGACGGUUGAGUGCUUGAACGAGUUGACGAAGGAAGGGUUUGGACUCGUUGAGUUGCCUCGCGAGGUGGGUAAAGUUAGGUCGUCUUCGUUGUUGUUGGGAAAUGAGAGUUUCUUGGAGUUGGAUUCGUUCGCUAUAUUUCGUCUGAAACCACCUAAUCAAAAAGACGACGGUCACGUGACCGCCGUUGACCAUGCGUGCCCAAAAAUAGAAGAAGAAGAAGCAGAAGAUAGAUUGUGUUUUUGA